AUGGAACUCGAUGCCGUCGCCGUUGGGCGUGAUGUCCAGGUCGUGGACCCCGAAGUGCGCGCGCAUGUGUAUAGUCUUGUGACUGCUCUCGGAGGCUUCAACGGCGAAGAUGGAUCGAAAUACAACCUCGGAGAUGACGCAUUGGCAUGUUUACGCGAUAUCAGGAAAUGGCUAAAAUUAUACGACGACAAAACGAAUCGACUCGACGUUGCGCGAUGUCUGGGAGAAGCGAACAUCGUUAAUGGCGAUUUGUUGCCGAUCCUGGGCUUGUGGUUUACAAGUGAAGGAUAUAAGAAGAAACAUUUGACUCGUGUUGCGUUGGCAUGCUUGGAAUUGCUGGUCCCAUUAACAUGGCCAGUAGAGAUUCAUGGCCAGAUGACCGUUAAUCACCAUCGACAUACCCCAUACCUGCAGCAAGCUCAAGUUCAAUACAAACGAGGAAUACUAGAUCAACAUGCUGGUCGUGACACUCUACGCGCCAUUCUCCAGGUUGGCUUGCCUAGCUUGACAAUGCCGAAAUCAGAGCGGACUAGCAGGGACGAUGGCAUCUUGAAACUGAUGUUAUAUUUAUUGCGAAAUGUCACUAUGAUCACCGCGCCGAAGGGACUACUUACCGACGCCGAUGAGGAUGAGACGUCACGAUCUGCAACCAUCAAUGCGUUCCAGCAGCAGAAUGUUUUUGCCCUUUUACUCACAAUGUGCGCCAACAUCAACGAGGAUUUCAACUUCCAGGACGUCGUGCUUCUAGAGACUCUAUUUCAUCUCGUCAAGGGUGUGGAUGUGCAGAAGUUGUUCAUGGACGACACUGAACGCCAGAAGAAGCGUAAUGACGAGCUGAGUGAUCUUUUACAAAAGGAAAAUGGUGUCAAUAGAGAAUAUGCCAAAAAUGCACCCACUCGGCAUGGACGCUUUGGAACUAUGAUUUGGGUAAAAAGAGACGAUGCUAAAGUCUCGACUGUAUCUGGACAAGACAUUCUCAAAGACGGCCAAAUUGCGUUCAACAAAAUGGAUCAAACGAAGAAAUGGAAUCGUCCAAAGCAUGGCCGUCGGCAACAGCCUGAAGCUGCCAGUGGUGACUUUUCCUCGACCACGCAUCUUACAUCCACUGCAACCAAAAAUCUCCGCCUAUUUGUCGAGGAGUUCCUAGAUACAGGCUUCAACCCGCUUUUCACACACGUCAGAAAGGCUAUUGAGCGGGAGGCUGAUAGAGUUACAGAAAUCAACACUCGGCAAUUUCUCUAUUUGGUAGCCUGGUUCCUUCAUGCCGAACGUGAACGACGCAAAUACCAUAAAAAGCAAAAUGAGCGAAACAAAGGAACAACUAAAGAGGCCGAAUCGGACAAUUUCUCCUUGGUAGCAAGUGUACUCAACCAGGAGACUUUUGUCUUUCUCAACCGCGCAAUGCAAUAUAGUUUUGAUCAUAACGAUUGGCAAGAUCUUAAUGCAAAUAUGCGCUGCUUCACACAGAUUCUGCUGACAAUUCAAGAGAUGUCCGCAUCUCCGUUCGAAGAAGAUCACGAGAUUGCAGAGAAUAUCCUAAAUCGUAUUUUCUACGAGGAGACUACACACGACAGAAUUAUUGCUAUUGUGAGAGGCUACAAGGAUCAAGGAUUUACUUAUCUGGAUGCGUGUACCGAGCUUUCUCAUGUCUUCUUAAGGAUGCUUGAAAACUACUCCAAAGAGAAUGUAGACAUGCAAGUGCGGUCGAAGCGGAGAUCAAGAGCAAAAAAGGCAGCGACUGCUGGCCAAGAUGCUGAAAAUGAAGAGAAUGGUGAUUCAGAGGCAGAAGAGCUCGCCGAUGCUGCUCGUGUUGCCAAGGAGCGCAAGUUUGACUUUAAUCGUUUCGCGGCGAGAUUUUGCUCCCAGAAGAGCGUUGAUACGUUUGUUUCAUUUACCACGUAUUAUCGGGACCUGAGUGAUGAGCAACUGAAGCGGGCGCAUCGCUUCUUUUAUCGAGUUGCUUUCAAGCAAGAGUUGAGUAUAAUUCUCUACCGUCUCGACAUUUUGAAUCUUUUCUACCGCAUGAUCAAAGGACCGGGAGCGCUAGAUUCUUCMAAGCCGAUAUUCCAAGACUGGGAAGAGUUUGUCAAACACCUUACCAGAAGGAUGAUAAAAAAACUUAAUGAGCGUCCUGCACUAUUCACAGAGUUACUUUUCAGCAAGAUCAACGCCACAUUGUUUUUCCUAGAAUAUGGCUAUGAAAGACAAACUAUAUCUAUCGGCGGUACGCGAGCGCCUGCUCAACUUGAAGUCCAUCCUCGUGCAGGCACAACUAGGGAUGAAAAGCUGAAUGUAGUGGUGGCUGCACUCAUCAUGGAUGGCCGAGCCGAUUUGGUUAAAUGGCUCAGUGAAGCUUUGCGGUUAGCCGCCAACGAACGCAGUUCUUGGGAAGCCCAAGAGAUAAUGCGACAGGCCGAGUCAGAUGAGGAGGCAAUAUCUUUGCGUCCCAGCCCACUCAUAGAAAUUAAGCCUAGUGAUGAUGCGAUUCGAGCAGCCACAUUCAGAAAUGGACGACUACGGCUGCUACUGAACUUAGUCGGGCUGGAAAGGUUGGGAUCAGAGGAUGUAAUGGGAUCUUCCUGGGUAGUGCCCUCGUCACUAGACUCGGAGACCCUCUCUGCCGUCGUUUCAGUCAUCGAAAAGGGACUUGAGAAUCCUGUUACAGAGAUUGAUGGUAUCGACCCCCGAGAACAGAUUCGACGCAUACCUACGGCGGAACCUAAAGAAACCCACCAAACAACAUUAGAUGUGGAUUUCGGCUCUGAGUCGGAGGGCGAGGAUGUAAUUCCUGACGGGCCGCUUUUCCCUCCAAACAUUCGAUCCAAAUCUGACGCACUCAAGGAGCUAAAGGAAAAGCGUAAGAAGCGCAACAAGCGCGAUGAUAACGACAAUGAGCCUUUAGAUGAUGCCACUCUCGAGGAGCGUCGUCGCAUGCGCGAAGAGAAUGCGCGAGCUAGGCAGGCAAAGAUAAAGAGUGAUUUGUUUGUGCACGACAGCGACGAUGAUUCAGAUGAGGAAGCGGACAAAGAAUUCUUCGAGCGUGAAGAAGCUGUUCGAAAAGCUCAAGAUCAACGCGUUCGGGAAGCACUGAUCAAUAAGGCGCUAGAAGAGGAUGCCUCCAAUGCGCAAUCGAAAAAGAAGAAGACCGCCCGUCGUAAGAGACGCAGUAUGGAUGAUGACCAAAGUGACAAAGAUACAGAUAGUGAAGGCCAGAAAAAGCGUCGAAUCACUGUCGGCGGGUUCGAGAUGAGUGACGAUGAUGAGGAUGACGAGGUCUUGAUGACUGGGGUCAAUGGGGAUCUCGGUUCAAGGGGAGUGGCGACAAGCCAGGGUGUUGAUGAAGACGAUACCCCUGCCACCUCAGUAGAACAGGGGGGAUGGGACCUUGAUAAGGAAUAUGAGCAGCAAAAGUCAACUGCUGUUCCAGCAACGCAUAAUAGCGAUUCAGAGGAAGACGGCCCAGUUGCGGGUAAUCGUCGACGGGCGCGAGCUGGCUUUGUGGUUGAAAGCGACUCAGAGUGA